GGCACAAUUUGGGUGGAAAGGAUGUCUCCCUCGGCUGCUUUGGCUCGGCGGUGGAGGCGGCGGUGGCGUACGCGCGGGCGGUCGGCGAGGAGGGGUCGGCGCCGCCGCCGCGCCCCGCGAAGCGCCCGCGCGAGUCUGCCGCUGCGCCCGCGCCAGAGCCCACCGCCCCUUCCUCCGCUCCCGCCGCCGCCGCCGCCGCCGCCGCCUCCUUUGCCCCGCCCGCGCCCUCCCUGCCUCCGAGCCGCCUCUUCGAGCUCCUGCCCGACGGCCGCACCGUCCACAAAGAGGCGCCUCCCGACAAUGGCGGCAUGGCGGCCGUCGCCGACGCGCUCGGGCGCAUCGGGCUACAGUCCUACGUCGCCGCGUUUGACUCCGAGGGCUUCGACGACAUCGACUUUCUGCUCGGGCUGGACAGAGCCGAGCGGGCCGCUGUGGCGACGGCGACGGGCAUGGAUGCCAAACCGGGGCACGCGGGGAAGUGGGUCAGGCGGCGUAGCAGCAGCCACGCUGCCGCCCAACUUCCGUAUCCCGCCACCAACAAACCCGGCAGCGUCGGAGGGCCGCCAGUCUUACGGACCACCGCGAGCGCGCCGCAGCAAAAGCCCGCCAGCGCAAGCACGCCCUUUAUGCACGAGGUCAAAAACUGGUCCAAGGCUGCGCUGCUCGACCCGCCAGCUGAAGGAGCAGCGCGGCGCACGAGCCAGAGGCUCAGAGGCACUCCGGUGGGAGCCGUGGAGAAGACGGCUGCGAGAAGCGGCGAGCUCGAGCGGGCCGCUGCCGAGACGGCGAUGAGCACGAGCAUCGAGACGACCAGGUCCAUCGCCGCUGCUCCACCGCCGCCCCCACGCAGCCGCAUCGCCUUGCGCUGCUGCUCCUCGCGGAGCUCGUCGGCGGUCGGAUUGUACGUGAUUAUGCCAGCUAGAAGAGCCAGCGUCGGCACCGUGAGGAGGGUCACAAAGAGCCGCCUCGACGACUCGGGGACGGUGACCGUCUCCUCAGCAGGCGAGUAG